UUUUGAGGUUGGUAGUGAUUGAUAUAAACUCGUCAGGUUCGUUUCGUGUGUUUGAUUCCUACAUUGUUUAGGCAUUUUAAUAUACCAUAUUUAGUCGUUAAAUAAGAAAAAUUUGUUAAAGUUAACCAUUAAUUAACCAACGUGCCGCAUGGUAAAAGUAAAUAAAAAUACGAACGGAUAUCAUUCGCUCAAAUAUUAAAAAAAAAUAAAACAACAAAAUUAUAAAAAUAAAAUAUAAAGGUCAUUUUAGUGUAAAUUAAUUUAUGUAUAAUAAAGUGAAAGAGAAGUGAAAAGAAAUUUUUGUAUAUAUUUUAAAUUAAAAAAAAGCAAAGUGUAAAUUUUGCUUGAAAAAUAAAGCAAAAUAUAAGAAAAGAAUUAAAAGCAAAUUGAAGUAAAUGUUUAAACGUGUAUAUAAAAUCCAGUAAUUAUGUUAAAAAUGUUGAAAUUUUCUAUAUUUUUAAUGAUUCUUUAUGCACACUAUGCACAGUGUCUGUGGGAUUUUGCUGUAACCGCCAAAACAAAAAUUGUAUUUUAUGAUGAACAUUGGCGAGAGAUCACCACGUCUGCACAUCAGUUUGAUCAGUUAUCGGCAAUUGGUUUUGAUGAAACCGAAGAAAUUGUUUAUUUUGCCGAUCGUAUGCAUAAUAAUGGCAGCAUAUUCUCACUCAAAAUACCCACAGAACAAAAUGAUCAACAUAUUAUUGAGAAAAUAGUGCAACGUACGCAAAAAGAAAUAAUUACUGGUAUAGCUUAUGAUCCGCUCAAUCGUAAUGUUUAUUGGGUUGAUCAAUUAAAUCGUAAAAUUCAUUUUAUCUCUAUCGAUGCCCAGGAAAACGAUAUUCCUAAAACGUUGUUGGAUUUUUCAACCGAAGAAUCGGUGCCGGAUGGCAUAGCUGUUGAUAUUUGCCGCCGUAAGAUCUAUUGGACAAAUUCUAAUUUCCAUAAUGCUUCCAUAGAACGUAUGGACUUAAAUGGUGACAAUCGUGAAGUUAUCGUUAGUAAAGAUCUUUAUUUACCACGUGGUAUAGUGGUAGAUCAAUUGUCGGAUCGUAUAUUUUGGGUAGUCGAUCAACAGGGCAUGCAUUUUACUGUUGAAAGUGCCCGUUUGGAUGGUAGCGAUCGUGAGAUAAUUGUUAAGGGUCUAGAUAGUACACCCUCCAAUUUGGCGGUAACAAAAGAUUUAAUAUUCUGGACUGAUCGCAGACAUAAUGCGGUAUGGACGCACGUUAAACAGCCUAGCAAGAAGAUAAAUCAAACGGAGGAACAAUACGAAGAAACCACUAAACCACAAAUUGUUCUUAAACUCACCGAAACACCCAGUGGCAUUGUGUCACGUUCACGUUACAUGACAACGCUGCAAAACGAUCAACACUGUUCGGGAGUGGUGAAUAAAAUCAAGCAUCAUCUUUUAAAUAGCCCGCAAACAACAGUCAUACGCAACAUCACCGAGCAGCUUGUAGCAAAGCCAGACUAUUGUCUGAACGGUGGUGAAUAUAUACCACAAAGUGGCAUUUGUAUAUGUAAAAUUGGUUUCAAAGGUGCACGCUGUGAAACGAGCGAGUGUCAUAAUUAUUGUGUACAUGGUACCUGCACCAUUUCCUCAUCCUCUUUUCCCAAGUGUGCUUGUCAACGUGGUUUCUAUGGCGAACGCUGUCAGGCUUAUCGUUGUUCUGGCUACUGUUUCAACGAAGGCGUUUGUAAAAUCGAAAGCAAUGGUGAACCAUCGUGUGAGUGUCCGGAUAAUUUCGAUGGUCAACGUUGCGAGUUGAAUUCAACAGAGAUAUGUUCGCUGUAUUGUAGAAUUUUAAAACAUGAACCGGAUGCGUAUGCUCCAUUUGGUUGUCAUGAUAUUUGCGAAGAAUUGGCCUCAGAAAGUGAACAGGCUGCUCAGAUGUAUGCCAUACCCACCUACAAACAUUUAGAGGUGUGUCGCAAUCAAGUUACCUGGACUAACACCCUAAUCAUAGCACUUGUAGCGGGAGUUGUAUUAUGCUUAUCAUUAGUACUUUUAAUUGUACAUGGUGUCAGACGUUUCUAUAAACCCGCCAGACCAAGAAUAAAGAAAACUUUUGUGGUGCGUAGACAACCAGCAUCUGCCUCCGAUACACCACUAACCAAUCGACCUAUGGCUACUGAACAAUGUGAAAUAACUAUAGAAAAUUGUUGUAAUAUGAACUAUUGUGAUACGCCUUGUUUUGAUCCCAAAUUGGUGCAACAAACUUUAGCGCGUGAUAGUCCUAAUACCAAAGAAGAUAAAAAAGUUUUAAUACACAAUAUGGAAGAUGAUUUAUAUUGAAAUGAAGGAUGAAGGAAGAAGAAGGAUGAGGCUGUUAAAAAAAAAUAAAAUCAACUAUAAAGCAAAUAAGUUUUUGGCGUCCAUAAACCAAUUACACAUUAAAAAAACGAGGCCUUAAAUCAAUGAAAAAAUCACAGCCAUAUAGUUUUUUUUUAAUUAAAUGGCAGUUUAUUAAGUACUUAUAUUACUUAUAUAUUUAUGCUCAAACUAUUUUCGAAAGUAAGGCUUUAUUCUUUAACAUAAAUUAAUGAAUUAAAUUGGUAUUUGUUAUACCCUACACCACUAUAGUGGGGAGUGUGUUAUGCGUUUAUGCUGAAGUUUGUAACACCCAAAAAUAUUGGUCCUAGACCCACCUUAAA